AUGCCCGACGACCGUCUGCAAAACGCACGCGAAACACUAGACACGCUGCAUGACCUCUCGCAGCUCCUCCAGACCGGUCUUGAUAAACAAACCCUCUCCAUCUGCGUUGGCAUGAUCGAGGCCGGCGCCAACCCCGAUACCCUUGCUGCUGUCAUCAAGGAGCUGCGCAAGGAGAAGGAAUAG